GCUCCCACUUCUCCAGUCUUAUGUGUUUUGUGGAUUAUAUCCUGUAGCUUUGUGCUGUAGCUUGUUUUUGUUUAUGUUUAUAUUUAGCAUUCUGUUUUGCUUGUGAAGCGUGUGUCAGCGUGUGUCUUGGACCAGGGGAAAAUUGUUGAAAAGGGAAUUAUGAACAGUAAAACCCAUGAUCUUUCUGCAUUGACAAAAUCUAAUAAAAAUGAAGACUUCAAAAGUGAAAACGAAAAAAGUAUUGUUGCUGUAUCCAGGUCCAGUAUAAAAAGAGAGUCCAAUGAAAUUGAAUGGCUUGAUGAAUGUAAUGUGAAUAGCAAGACAUGCCUGAAGGUAGAAGUUGAUGAGCUGGAAAAAACAAAAAUGGAAACUGAAGACAAUGAAGAGCCAAUCAUUCAGAAUAAGAGUGACGAUUGUAUGGAUGUAGUAUCGACAACAAUUUUUGAGAGUGUCAAAAAUGAGCAGAAUAACUGGUAUGAGUGUGGUAUAGAUAAUCUAAGUGCCCCUGAGCUGAAGCUAGAAAUGAAUGAUUCUAUUCUGAGAAGGGUGGGAGGCGAAUCUGAAGACGAUAUGUUAACACAUCCAGAGAAUCCUUCAAAGUAUAGGUUCACCAUUACUUGCAUUCAUUGUAAUACAAUAUUUGAAAGUAAAGUCACAGUGGAUGAUCAUGUAGCAAAAUGUCACCCAGAAUUUACAACAUCAAAUAGCAAUAACAUAUAUGAGUGUACAACUUGCGUUUAUAUAACCACUGAAAAGGAAAACUUUGACAGGCAUAUGAAAUUGCAUCUGGAGACUGUGUCAAACGAAAAGUUUAAAAGAUGUAUUCACUGUGAUACAACAUUCAAAGGUACGUCAUCAAUGAAUGAGCAUAUAGUUAGAAAACAUCCAGAGUUUAUUGCGUCAGUCACUGUCAAAGUACAUGAAUGUACAGUAUGUACUUAUAAAACUACCAAAAAACCUAAUUUUUAUAGGCAUAUGUCAGUACAUCCUGAGAUAGAUAUAAGCUACACAUUGCAAAAAUGCAAUCACUGUGACGCUAAAUUCAAAAAUAAAUCUUUAGUAGACGAACAUAUAAUUAAGGCACAUCCAGAAUUUAUAAUGUUUAGCAAAUUCUAUGAAUGCACGAGCUGCGCUUAUAAAACUACUAUAAACAGUUGUUUCAAAAGACAUAUUUUAACGCACUUAACCUAUAAAUGCACAGAGUGUACUUAUAAAACUAAUGUAAAAACUGCUUUAGAUAGCCACAUGCUACAACAUCCAGAAAUUUCAAAUCAAAAAGACGUCAAAUGCGUUCACUGUGACGCAGCUUUCAAAAGGAAGUUAUCAUUGGAUGAUCAUGUAGUUAGACUACAUCCAGAAUUUAUCGAAUCAGUUACUAGUAAACUGCAUACAUGUACACAAUGUUCUUAUAAAACUGUCCUAAAACAUGUAUUUGAGAAACAUGUGCUGGAACAUGGUGGGAGUGAUACAAGUUCUCAACCCAAUACCUGCCGUCAUUGUAAAGUGAAAUUCAAAAAUGGCAUAUCUUUAGAUGAUCAUAUUGUCAAAAAACAUGAAGAAUUUAUAUCAGCGGUUAAUAGAAAAAUACAUAAAUGCGAGCAGUGUGCUUAUAAAACGGUAUUAAAAACCUCAUAUAAUGAGCACAUACUCAAAAGUCAUCCGGAAAACCUCGGAUCACUUUCUAUGAAGGUAUACGAAUGUUUGCGAUGUUCUUAUAAAACUUUUAAAAGAAACGCUUUUGAUUAUCAUUGUAUAUCGAGCCAUCCUCAAACUGAUUCAAGUAGUAAGAGCCACGCAUGCAUUCAUUGUAAUAAAACUUUCAGAAGCAAGAGAGCGUUAGAAAAUCAUGUGGUGAAAAAACACCCAGAUUUUAUCUCGUCUGUAACUGAGAAAAUAUAUCAAUGUACAAAAUGCGUGUAUAAAACUGUGUCGAAAUACAACUUGGAGAGACAUAUGUUAACGCAUCCUGAGACUAUUUCCAGUUCCAAACUCGUGCCUUGCAUUCACUGUCGAGCGAUACUUGCAAGCGACGACUCGCUCAAUGAUCACAUAGCUAAAAAGCAUCCUCUUGUUACAUCACCAAACGCUAAAUCGUAUGAAUGUUCAAAAUGUGAUUAUAAAACUAACAGAAAGUGCUAUUUCGAUAAACAUGUAUUAAUACAUUCCGAGACUCUGACUACGCCAAAGUUGUUGAAUUGUUCCUAUUGUGAUGCUUCCUUCAAGCUUAAGAGAUCAUUGUAUGAUCACAUUGUUAGAAUACAUCCUGAGUAUAGCGACUCGGUAUGGGUUAAGAUACAUGAAUGUCCGCAGUGCUCUUAUAAAUCAGUUAAAAAGGAUUAUAUUGAGAGACACAUGAGAGGACAUUCUGAAAUUGUUUAAAGCGCAAUUAUCUAUAUUAAAAUAGGGUUUCUAGACAAAAUCGCAGGUUUUGACAUGCUUGCGGGCCCGUCUUAAGCUAUUCAGGGAUUCCUGAGUCCAAAGCAAGUUAGGGGCAUGCGGCUAAAGUGGCUCCAGAGCAGAGCGAAAUCAGGUGCCUUAUGUUUCCGUUGGAGUGUUGGAGAAAGUUGAAGAGUGGAGGGGAGGUGCUGCCCAGAUUGGUUCGACAUUUGUGGCCGUCAUCAAGCCGGGGCCGUGAGCCUGAGCCUCGUGAGGCCAUAGGGUUUGCAUGCGAGGCUCCAAGCCCAGUCCGAACGGAGUUGUUUAAGGCGAAAAUCGCAGAUAAUUUGCUAUAGAGAAAAUGUUUAAGACAGAGCCACAUUCCAGGACUUCUGAAUUAAGAGUUGUAUGCACACCGAGUGUAUGACGUUCCCAAACUGCUCUAGCAAAUGUGCACAGGGAACGCAACGCUAAAAACCUAUCCUGUUUUUUGAUGUUUUGCUUUGACGUUGACAGUGUUGUGAUCCCACUGCCAAACUAACAAUGAACAUGUGAAACACAUUUUGCCUUUAGUUUCAGAAGCAUGGUCAGACUAUCCAAUUGGUGACUAAUGAUUUUAAAUUGAUGGCACAACACGUCAGAGGUCUGCAUUUUUAUUGUAUUGUUUUGAGUAAAUGUAUCGAAUUCAUAUUUUAGUGUAGACUUUCAAAAUUAGUGUCUAGUGUCUAGUUGUAGAUGAAGCCAAAUUAACUUUGCUUCUUGCGCUCUCUUGUGAUCUUUAUUAUUCUGGAACAUCUCAAAUGUAUGUUGUGACUCUGGUCUUACGUUAUCAGUUUUUUACCAUCCUUCAUUGUCUGGUAUUAGUUUAACCUCCAUAAACUCGAGCGGGGUACAGUUUGUACCCCGGACAUCAAUUUUUGGGGGUAUUUUCUAAAAUAUUUAUUUUUAACUCAAUUUCCUUCGAGGAAUGUUUCUUAAAUAUUUCUCUAAUCGAGUAUAGAAACGCUUAAAGAAAUUGCUAUUUAUUGUAACAGGUUAUAGUGAGUGUUGUAGCUUGGGGUUCAGCUGCACCCCGCUCGGUAUGUAACAUUUUACACUAUAACAAACCAAAGGGUGCAGUGUACACAACAGAUAAAUUGGCAAAGGAAAUCACGACUCAAAGACAGAGUAAUCGGUGGGAUGGCAAUAUUUUUCCAUCUACUGGACAUUGGUGGCAUCAUCGCCUAUAAGCUAUGGGCGUUGAAAAAUCCAGAUUGGAAAAAUCGUUUGGAUGUUUUUGUUGAAGUUGGGCCAAGAAUUAAUAAAGAAAACCAUAAUUCGUAGGUACCAUAAUGACAAGCUUUUACAUUCCAGUAUAAAACAAUCCAUGUUAACCAUUUUGUCAGAAUUAUGCUUAGCCAAUUCUGCUUCAACUUCUUCAUUAAAUACACUAAACCUGCCCAUUUUUUUAAUUGCAUUAUUUGCACGUUUGUUUUUCUCUUCGAGAUGUCUUUUUAGUGUAGCUUUAGGUACUUUAAACAACCUUGCACAUUCAUUCAGCCCAUAAGAACCAUUACGAAAAGCGGAAAUAGCACUGCUCAAAUCUUCUGUGCUCCACUUGCCGUAUUUACCACGUGAUGACAUUCUGAAAAAAAAAUCUAUCAAGAACUAAAUGGGACUGGUUUAAUUCACAAUAUACGGUUGCCUAAAUUGGACCGGUCCAAUUUACAAGUCAAUUGCUGGUCCAAUUUAGGAAACCUUGUUCUAAAACUAAACAAUAUCAAAUUUCACCCACAACGGGUUUUACCAAUUUGGAGGUUAGGUCACGAAAAUAAUCCCUAAACUAUGGCCUCUUUAAUGAAUCUUGAGAAAUAAAGAUAUUAUAAAUGUUGUGAUUAAGGGAGAGUCUGGAACAGCGGCCACACUUUGAAAGAAUUUUCGCUCUCUAGGAGAUUUAAUUGUUUUCGUCAAAUUUAUAGUUCUUACAUGAACGAUACACUAUUUGGCUUUAUUUCUAUAUACUUAAAAAAUAACACAAACACCUAUUAGUAUUUUAUUUUUAAUUAUAAAAAAAGUGCUGGUAAAGUGGCCAGUGUAUCUUCAUUGCAGGUACAGUGGUCACCCACCUAUGGUACUGUGGCCACUCCUCUGUAAACAAUUAGAUUUAAGUAAACCAAAUCUGAAAAGAGUGGAUUUAUUUAUUCCAAAAAUUAUGUUAUAUAAAACUUCUAAAAGCUACAACAGAAAAAUGUAUCAAAACCUCGACUUAACUUAAAAUACGUUAUACAUUGACAGGUUAAUCGAAAAUGAGAAUACAUUUGCACUUCUUGCCGUACAUCCGAUUGCACUGGGAUACGGUAAAUGGAGUAUAAUAUCAUCCAUUGAAACUACACCAGUGUCUGGAAUAUUCGGAUAAACAAAAUUAUUGCCACGUCGACGUAGAAAUGUUAUAUUACAUUCGUCAGUGCUCUCCAUCACUUCUAUGACGGAGCCAACAUAGUAACGGAUUGUCUUUUUUGACUCAAAUCUAACCAGAACAAACUAACCCACACCGAUGUCCCCAAUAUCGUUAAGGGUGACUUCUUUAUCUGACUCUUGUACAAAGCUCACAUCAUCUGAGUCAGUUAAGCUCAAAUCUAGGUCGCUUUCGCUAGAUGUGUCAUCUUUUUUAUGCAACUUCCUUUGUUUUGCUGCUGGUACAACAAUCUCUUCACUUACAAUUUUUUUCUUUACAAGCGGCUGCCUCUCAAGGUUGGACAUUCGACUUUGUUUUAAUUGUUGUUCUUCUUCUAGUUUUUGCAGAAUAGGGGUGCUUGUUAAAAUUUCGGUUGUUUUCUUUUUUUUCGAAUGUUUUUUAAGCGGAGCUGCGGGGAGAGCUGUGGGAAGUGGCUUCACAUUAUAUGGACUAACAAAUUUCUUUUCCGGAGUCCUGUUUUCCUUGAUUUGGGAUGUUGAUGGUCUAUUGUUGUCUUCUAGAACAGCCAUUGGAGGGACUUCAGCGUGUUGCUCUACAUGUAAAUCUGUUACAGAUGCUGCCAUGAAAUCUUGCUCAUUAAAUAUGUUAUUAUUAAAUGGAUAUAUUCCGGUUGCCCUAAAUCCUGAUAUGCAAUUUUUAGGUGUAAAAGCUAAUGGGUAAGAUUCACCUAGGAUUUCGGCAACUUCGUAAAUAGUUAUUCUUUUGCCAGGGUUGUUCAGUAACCAAUUUUGACAGUUCCGAUUAUAAUAAUUUUUCAAUGCGAAAUAAAUACUUUUGUCUAGCGGCUGCAGUUUGUGGCUGCAGUGUGGUGGUAAGGUCAAAAGUAUAACAUUAUUUUGUUUCGCCAUCUUUAUAGUAUCCAAACAUAUAUGGGUCUCAUGGUUAUCCAUAAUUAAUAAGACGGGUGAAUCAGCGGUUGGUUUCACAUGUUUGAUGAAAUGCUGCAACCACUGGACAAAUAUGUGUGAUGUCAUCCAACCGGUUGGAGAAGCCGUUCCCACACUUCCCGGCGGCGCGUUCUUUAACAUGUAAUCCUUAUAAUUUUUUCUGGGGAAGAUUAACAAAGGUGGUACAGAAUUUCGCAUUGCAUUAAUGCAACCACACAUGGUUACCAGUGUCCCCCUUUCACUAGAUACGGUGUGUCCCACUUGUUUUUGGCCUUUUUUGGCAAUAACCUUUUGUGUUUCUUGGACAGUGGUAAGUGCUGUCUCAUCGACGUAAAAAAAUUGGUUGGGCCCAAAUUCAUGGUUUUUAAGGACUUCCUGAAGAUUUUUAAAAAAUCGUUCUACAACUGGUUUAUUAAAGCCCAUGGCUCUACCUAAUGACGUAGCCUCAGCUAAUCUUAGUGACAAUUCUUUGCGACGUUUCAUAAAUGCAUUGAACCAUAAUCUUCCUGCCAUACCAUUGUCUUCCCAAGAUUUCGGAAAUUUCUUCUUAUUAGCAACUGCUAAUUCAUAUGCCAACCUUCGUGCCGCUUUUGGAGGUAAGCCAUGAUGUAGUUGAGCCAUUGUUUGAAGAUAUUCGCUUAAUUCGCCUUCUUCGUCUGGAGAAAAUACUUGAUUAACCCAGUAAUUUGGCGUUAAUCUUGGAGCUCCUUCCAAUACUGGUGAAUUCCAAUCAAUUUCCUCUUGGUGCUCGUCACACUUCUUAAUAUAGCGCCUCAGUGUAGUUCGAGGUAUGUUGUAUUUUAGUGCUGACGCUUUGACAGAUAGUCCACUAAUCUUGAUAUCUUUAAGGGCAUCUACCAUAGUGCUCCUCGGUAUCUUGCCUAUUUCAACGUUAGUUUUCUUACGACGAGGCAUUUUGAUCUGAAAAAAUAUGGUUGCAAUCAGCGGAAAGGUAUUUAGAAAGGUAGGUACAGUGGCCACUGUUAUUUAUAGAAUAAAGCUGUGACCACUGUACCUGCAUUGCCUUGUGGCCACUGUUCUAACAACCACAUAUUUUAAAUAUAUAAAUAUUUUGAGAUAAUUUUCAAAUGCUUUUAAAAACUUAUUGGCAAAAUAAUUACUUACAUGGACUGAGUAUUCAUUCACCACCAGCAAUUAUUCAAGAAACAAGUUGUUUGGACAAAAAUAAAAAUCUCGUGCAUGCGUUGAAAUUCACUUUUGCUAUGAAUUUUCAGGUUAGGUUCACUAUACCGUUAAACACCAAAGGUGAAGUUUCCUGCUUUGUGCCCAGUUCUAGUACUUAAUUUGCUAGUUUGUUCCUAGAUGGCAGAUAUAUAACUUGAAAUAUAACAAAGUUAGGGAAAGGUGGCCACUGUACCUAUAUGGCCACUGUUCCAGACUCUCCCCUACUUACUUGAACGGUAAGUAGUAGUAUCUUUGUAUCGAAAGUUAAAUAAUGUUGAAAACACUUAUAUUUUCUUAACCGUUGUUUACAGCUGCACACGUGUUGAAACUCUAGCAGUUUUCGGGAUGUAGUUCUAGUUGGUAUUAACGGAUGGCACCACUUGUUGUCGGUUCGCUCAAAUCUGCAAAGGUCCAAUUAAGGAGCCGGUCCAAUAUAGGCAACCUUACCCUACAUUCAAAUUCCACCUCCAUGAUCAUAGUUGAGCGAUUUUGGUCAGAACUCAUCUAGGGCUCGUAAGGGAGCGUCGUCCUGCUUCGAAAUGGCUUUCACCUGCGUACACGAAGGCAGUGAUAAUUUGUAUUGGGUAACGUUAUUUGUUACAUUUUGCGACAGCACUGCUCAGGAUUUGUUGAUUUUAUCACCAUUGAAGGAAAUCAAAGAUAAUUCUAAAAUGAAUCAAAAUACUAAGUCGCAUCAAAAAUAUUAAAUUAACUGUUCGAGCAAACUUCCUUGGGUUUAUCAGUAACCUAACCUAUAGCAGAAGCCUGUGCGAACAUUUCCUGGUGUAACAUAUUGGCAACGCGGCAGAUUGCACGACCUUCUGCGUCACCGUUGCUAGACAAUAUGGUGAUGACGUUCGCCCUUCAGUCGGCUUCUAUCUCUUUCUAACAUGUCUUGAUACACGCUUCGUGUGCUUCUCUCUCGCACACACUGAACCCAAGCCGUCAGACAAUUUUUGUUUUCCCUGUAUCUAAGGAGAACCGAACCGAUGAAAUGAGAAAGAACGACCUUAAAAUUUGUGACAGUGAUCGAAGCGACUACCAGCUCCUGCGCAAGCGUGGGGUUAUAGUACAAGAUCUGGCAUCUUGAAUCUGCAGGUAUUUUCUUAUCAAACUUUUAUGAAUGCCUCUGCCAAGCAACGCUGCCCUAAUAUUAUUUAUCAUUCGUAAAAAUCAAGUUAUAAAAAACAAGAUACCUGCAGAUUCAAGCGGCUGGAUGUUACAUUAUUAGGAAAGCACAGCGUUGCCAGAUGAGUCGGACAGAAUUUCCCCAGAACAAGCACAAAAAUUCCUCAAAAUUGACACUUUGUCAGAAAAAAAAUCCCCAAAUCACAGUUAAUGGAAAGGGAUAAUUUUGGUUCACGGGAGAAUGCUUUCAAUCCGCAAAACGUGUGAUAUCCCCCAGUACAUUGUUCCUCGAGUAAAGAUCCCCAACAUGAUAACCCUGUCGAACCAUCACUGGUAAGAUGCUUACUCUCCUUGGAUGGACCAUCUGCUGUCUGUUGCAUUGGCAGCAUCCAUUAAUUUAGUUUACUAGUUUGACACCAUGUAACUAUAUAUUUUAAAGUAUUUGUAAGAUGAGUUGAAAACACCUGAUCGUGAUGUAAAAUCGAAUAUUUAGUUUUAGUAGUGAGAAAAAUCUAUACAUACUCCAUUUGAGACGGCCAUUAUUGGUCUCGCACUUCUGAUACGCAAUCUGCUAUUACUGCAUUUAUGAGCUAUACUUACUAUAUGUUUAUUUAUUUGUAUAUUUUAAGAAUUUGUACGCAUUUAUUGAUAAUAAAUUGUAUAUAAC